CGUGGUGCCCACCGACGUAGGCGCCGCGCCGCCGGGCGACUAUAAACGGUGGCCGGUACGAGCUUUCGGCACUCGCUCUCAUCAGUCGCUCCGACUCAGGAACCAGAGCAUCAGCGGAGAUAGCAAGGAACCACUUGCCUCCUUAAGGCUAACUCGCUUUCGCCUUUGGUUCGGAAUGGAAACUUCUCUCUUUACGCGGAGCCGACGAAGCUCCAUGGCGCACGACUUUAAGAGUGGACUCUCGCUCUGGCUGGUGGUCUGGUUGGUUGUGAUUAAGCCUGCACCUGUGCAGAGCUGUCCACACCUGUGUGUGUGUUACCCGACUCCCAUGACCGUGAGCUGCCAGGCGCAGAACUUCACCUUCGUGCCCACCGGUGUCCCCUACGAGUCACAGCGCGUCUUUCUGCAGAACAAUCGUAUCACAGAGCUGAGAGUGGGCUCCUUUGGCUUUGGAACUCAGGUUCUGUGGCUCUUCUCCAACAACAUUACCUGGAUUGAGGCUGGUGCUUUCAGUGAGCUACGUGAUUUGGAGGAGCUGGAUCUGGGUGAUAACCCUCACCUGCGCCGCCUGGAGGGUGGAGCUUUCCGUGGGCUAGAGAAGCUGCAGAGCCUUCACAUGCACCGUUGCCGUUUAGCUGCCCUCCCUCAUGACAUCUUCCACAAGCUCUACAGCUUGCAGUACCUCUAUCUGCAAGAGAACCAGCUCCACUUCCUCCAGGAUGACCUGUUUGCUGAUCUUAUCAAUCUCAGCCAGCUCUUCCUGCAUGGCAACCGUAUCCGCACACUGUCUGAGAAUGUGUUUCGUGGCCUGGUCAACCUGGACCGCCUGCUCCUGCACGACAAUCGCAUUCGUCAAGUCAACCGCCGCGCCUUCCGCGACCUGGGUCGCCUUACCAUGCUCUUCCUUUUCAACAACUCAUUGGCUGAGCUGCCUGGCCAGGCAAUGCGUGAUGUGGAAUCCAUCCAGUUCCUGCGUCUCAACAACAAUCCCUGGGCCUGUGGCUGUGAGGCUCGCCAACUCUGGGAUUUCUUCAGGUCCAACCGGGUCUCCAGCUCUGAGCUCCUCUGUGCCACUCCUGCUUCCCGCCGUGGCCUGGACCUCCGCUUCCUGCGUGAGAUGGACUUUGCCCUGUGCCCCCUGCCAGACCCUGGCUCCCUGGCUGGAACCACCACCACUACCUUCAGCACCAAGACCCGCUGGUGGUUCUCCAAGCACAAGCCUGUCAGCUCCACCAAGGGUAUCUUUGAGAAGAGCUCAGAAACCGUGAAAGCCCAUCCCUUCUCUGGUGGCAAACCCUCAAUCACAUCCACAUCCACGAAGUAUGAGCUGGGCGAGGAAGAGGCGCUGCUUCCUAAGUUGGAAAAAGAAGAGUAUUGGGCCAACUAUGGCAAUGAGGAUGCAGGUAUCACCUCGCUGCGCUGCUUCGAAUUGGAAUGCCCUGACUUUGACACCCUUCCCCCAUUCUCUUCUUCAUCUUCUUCUUUACCUUCCACUCUCUUGCUAGUUGUUAUGUCCAUCUUGACUGUAUCUAUCCAUCUCCUCUUUGGCUGAAUCUUAGUAACUUAGUAAGGGAUUUUGAUCCCCCAUUUCUUCUUCCCCUCUCUGGAGGAGUGAAGACCCCUUUUACUCAACCUAACUCUCACUUACCUGAUUCCUGUUUAACUUCUACUUUAACUGUAUCUUUGUUCUGUUCAGUUUGAGCCUCUAGGCUAUCCAGGCAACUAGAGGGCACUACACUGAUUUAGGAUACAGUAGGGGAAGCAGGGAAUUCAGGGCAGGUACUGCAGUGCAGGCCAUUAUCACAAUGGAAGGGAAUGAUAGCUACUACCAGAGGGCUUAGUUAGUCAACAGGUACACUGUCCUCCUUCCAUGUGGACAUUUCAUAUAUAUCACAGUCUUUAUGGACUGGGGAUAUAUGGUUCCAUCCUAGGUUUAUGUACAACAUUUGUAUACUUCUGCCUUUUUGGCUGCUAUUAGUGCUAUUUUGGCUAUUGUAAAUGCUGCUUGUGCUGGUCCUAUGACUAUAACUGUCUUUAUAAUUGCAGCUAAUACUGUUACUCAAAGUGCUACAGUUUCAGUGCUACCAUUGGCACUGCUUACAGUAAUGUUAGGUAGACAUGAUUUCUAUCAUUAUACUGGUUUUAUCAGUUAAAGUUAUUAACAGUUCUUCAGAUUACAUUACAAUUUUAAUCAAUAAAUAGACAGUCCAAUGUCAGUCAUUAUACCAUUCUAACAGAUGUCAAAGGAUAUCAAAAGAUUCAGGGAAAGCAAUGAGAUGGAAUAUAAAAGCAGAAAGAAAAGGUGUUAAUAGUGGUGAGGAAAAUCUAUGUAAGAAUAUUUAGAGAAGGAUGAAUAGAAGAAGAGAAGAGGUGUCUGAAAGUAACAUACGGAGAGAUUAAGAAGGAGAGCGACACAGAUGGAGUGAGAGAGAGAGAGUGCAGAAGAGAGAGAGUUCAGGAGAGAAAUGUAGACAGAGAGAGAUAAAGAAAAUGAGACAAAGAGUGAGAGAAGCAGAAGACAGCAUUCCGAAGACAGAGAAAUGCAGGAGAGCGCGACUUUUGUCUUCUCAUUUGUCUUUUAAUAGCAAUUAAGUCAUCUGUAACAUCCUGUAAAUAUAUAUCAUAUAUCAUGACAUCAUCAUCAACAGGAAAGCUGUACAUAGAGCAAAGAAAGUCUCAUGUUUACCGAUCUGUUGGUUUAUGUUUACUGAUCUCUGAUUGGUUCAGAAUGUGACUGAUAUCGUUUCUGUUGUCAGUGAUUGGUAAGAUCAACCUGUCAGCAAGAACUGGUGUGAAUGAAUGCCUCAUGUCUUUUAUGUAAAACUUUGUCAUGGACAUUUUUUUCACCUUUUUCUUUCUUUUUUCAAAUAUAAACAAAUUUGUCUAUUACUUUGCUCACUGUGAGACUCUCCUUUUGACAUCUUAGAGCUCCAAUGCUUGUAAGACUUCCUGCCUGAUCAAAAUCAGUAUUAUGUGAUAACCUCUUACCAACAACCAAACAAACAACCUAAAUCCCCCAAAGACGGACCAAUGAGUUAACUCACAGACUUUCAGUCAGUGGAUAAAAAAUAAUAAUUCAGAAGAAAAAUCAAUGACUUAAAAGACUUAAUAGACCUUGAAAUCAGUGGGAAUGGACGCAAAUACUCAAUAGGUGUGACUGGAUUGAUAGAGGAAGUGAUUUGACUAAUGAACAAAGAAAAGUCUUAAAAUUUGGCAAAUAGUCCAACAUUAGAAACUGUUGUGUCUGCUCUUCCCUUCCCUUCCCUUCCCUUCCCUUCCCUUCCCUUCCCUUCCCUUCUCCAGCUGUGCUGUCAAACCCUAGGGUCUUUAUUUCUCACUCUCUCACUGUCUGCCUGAAGACAUUUUAAGGAUCCAGCAACGAAAGAAAGACAGGUAGAGAAAGAUAUAGAGGGAAUUGGUGUUCUUUAAUGUAGUGCAAAAAUAGAACAGUUAAGGGUGAAAAGAGCAAGGACACAUGAAGAGAAUGAUAGUGAAAGUGUGUAUGUGUUUGUGUGUGUUUGUGUGUGUGUGUGUGUGUGUGCGAGAGAGAGAGAGAGUGGGAGUAUAAGGCAGGGGUGGAUGUGGGUGGCAGAGUGAGAGAGAAAUGCUCAGAGGAAAACAAAGAGAUGCACUGAGACGGAAAGAAAACUUAAUGUCCUGCAGCAGCUCAUGCUGAGGAUGGCCAAUCAAGCGAUCAACUGAGAGAAGUAUGACGGAAGAGAGAAAUUGAUAUCAUGGGCCUCAGAUAGAAUUUUAUUUUAGAUAAUAUUUCAUCUUUAUGGCUUGUGUGAGCAGUAUUCUCCCAUAUCUUUAAUUGUCUUCUCACAUGACGUUUGAAUGUUGCCAUGACAAAGUUUCUGCCAGUAUACUUUAUUUAUGUUCUAUAUGUAACAUCUAAUGUGUGUGAAGCAAACAGCAGCUAUAAGGGGAAGGUCAAACUGCAAAUAGGUGCUCUCGAGUGACCUUGUUUUUUUUUUUCAAGGCUCUCAACGAUGACCAAAGCUUAGUUAUACCUUCGAACCCAAAGUUUGUGUGUGUGUGUGAUUCAUUGAAUGUGUGUCAAGAAGUAAGUGCUGUCUUUUCAGCAAAAAGAGAAAUAAAUGACUAUCUGUGCUUUUCAACUUAA